CACGAUGCCGUCUGCAAGAAGUCAUCCCGUGCUCCGUCGCUAGUAGAACUGCAGACCACACAGUCUGCCUAUAGCGCCUUUGUAUUGGAAGGAGCUAUGUGACAGACCGAGAGACUCGACUAUGCCCGCUGUAGUUCUGUUGCACUGAAUGCGCGCUCAGGCAGCGAUGUUCAGGCAGGCUCACGAAUUGAGCAUUCUGCAUUGUCUGCUUUUAAGAGGCAGAGUUUAGUGGACGGUCUCUUAUCCCUCUACAUUUGCUUGCGAGCCUAGAGUCUCCAGUAGUGGGUCAACCUUUCCUUUCUGAAACCCUCCCCUCCACCCCCAAUACAGCAUGGUCAUGGCGGACUGUCACCAAAAACCGAUGCUUCGGGGUCCGGUUCGAGUGGGUUUUUACGAUAUCGAGCGCACUUUAGGAAAAGGAAAUUUCGCUGUUGUGAAGCUGGCGAGACAUCGCAUCACUAAGACAGAGGUGGCCAUCAAGAUCAUUGACAAGACGCAGCUGGACGCGGUGAACCUGGAGAAGAUCUACAGGGAGGUGCAGAUCAUGAAGAUGCUGGACCACCCGCACAUCAUCAAACUGUAUCAGGUCAUGGAGACCAAGAACAUGCUGUACCUGGUGACGGAGUACGCGAAGAACGGCGAGAUUUUCGACUACCUGGCCAGCCACGGGCGUCUGAGUGAGCUGGAGGCUCGGCGGAAGUUCUGGCAGAUCCUGUGGGCCGUGGAGUACUGCCACAACCGCAACAUCGUCCACCGAGACCUGAAGGCCGAGAACCUGCUGCUGGACGGGCACAUGAACAUCAAGAUCGCAGACUUUGGCUUCGGGAACUUCUUCCAGCCAGGCGAGCAGUUGGCCACGUGGUGCGGCAGCCCCCCCUACGCGGCCCCAGAGGUCUUCGAGGGCCAGCAGUACGAGGGUCCUCACCUAGACAUUUGGAGUAUGGGGGUGGUGCUGUAUGUGCUGGUGUGUGGCGCUCUGCCCUUCGAUGGCCCCACUCUCCCAGUCCUGCGACAGAGGGUCCUGGAGGGACGAUUCCGCAUCCCCUAUUUCAUGACUGAAGACUGUGAGCAUCUGAUUCGCCGCAUGCUGGUCCUGGACCCCUCCAAGCGCCUGUCGGUGGCCCAGAUUAAGGAGCACCGCUGGAUGGCGCUGGACGUGCCCGUUCAGAGGACUGUGCUCUACAAGCAGAGCGCCCCUGAGGAGGGGGGUGAGGCCGGGGGCGAGGCCGGGGGCGUGGCCGUGGGGGAGCACAGCGAGCAGGUGCUCAGACUCAUGCACAGCCUGGGCAUCGACCAGCAGAAGACCAUCGAGUCUCUGCAGAACAAGAGCUAUAACCACUUUGCUGCCAUCUACUACCUGCUGGUGGAGAGGCUGAAAGCCCACCGCUGCAGCUUCCCUGUGGAUCAGCGGCUCGACCCGCGACAACGCCGGCCCAGCACCAUCGCCGAACAGACUGUCGUCAAGGCGGGCGGCACUGCUCCCCAGGUGGGGCUGCUUCCACAGAAUGUCCGGCUCCUGCGGUCCCCCCUCCUCCCCCAGACCUCCACGGAAACAUUCACCUUCCCACAAUCCCCCUCUGCUCCCGAGCAUAGCCUCAUGGAGGAGGACGUUGCCACACCCAAGGUCAACGGCUGCCUUCUGGAGCCCCUGCCCCCCGCCUCGGGCCGAAAGGUCAGCGCCUCGCUGCCCAGCAACAUGAUGGAGACGUCGAUCGACGAGGGCAUCGAGACGGAGGACCCGGAGCCAGACGGGGAGGACGACCCGGCCCAGGUCUUCACCGCCCUCCAGACGGCCCGGUUCGGCCAGCGCCGGCACACCCUGUCGGAGGUCACCAACCGGGCCGGGACCGCGCCCGGCGCAGGGAAGCUGUACAGCGUGGCCCAUAACCCGUCUCUGGGGAGCAUGGACUCGGAGUACGACAUGGCGUCGGUCCACAUGGAAGGCGGCUUCCUGGAGGACCCGCCCUCGUUCAACGAGGUGGUCCUGGCCAACGCCUCGGCGACCCGCAUGACGCCCCCCUUCACCGGCGUGAAGCCCGCCAACCCCGCCAUGCAGGCGCUGAGCUCCCACCGGAGGGAGGCGCACAACCGCUCCCCCGUCGGGUUCCGCGAGGGCCGAAGAGCCUCCGACACCUCCCUCACACAAGGGCUGGUGGCAUUCAGGCAGCACCUGCAGAACCUGGCCCGGACCAAAGGCAUCCUGGAGCUCAACAAGGUUCAGCUGCUGUACGAGCAGAUGGGCACCCAGGAAGACCCCUCCCUGCUGCCUGCCGGCCCCCACCCUUACCUGCUGGACCCCCAGCUACAGGGCGACGGCUCCCAGCUGCAGGACAGUGCGGCCAUGUUCUCCAGCGGAGGCCAGCCACCGUUGCUGUCGCGACGACAGAGCCUGGAGACACAAUACCUCACACACAAACUGCAGACAGCCGGUGUGAUGGCCGCUGGGCCUGGCAGCUGCCAGAUGUUCUGCAAGGAGCUGCCCCGCAGCCUAGAGCAGCAGCUGCAGGAGCACAGGCUUCAGCAGAAGAGGCUUUACCUGCAGAAGCAGUCCCAGCUGCAGGCCUAUUUCAACCAGAUGCAGAUCGCAGAGGGCGCCUACCCAACUCACCCAGCAGUGGGUCACCCGGACCCUGUAGCCCCAGGCCCCGUGCAGGGCGUGGUACCUCCAGCACAGCAGCAGCCUCCGCCCGCCUUCGCCCGGGCCCAGAUCCUCAGCCCCCUCCUGGAGCCCGGCGCAGAAGCCCUGCCCCUGUCCUACGACCCCUACAUGGGCGUUUACCCCGCUGCACUGCCCCCCGACCCUCACGCCCUGCCCUCUGCGCACCAGUACGGCUACCCCGCCUGCGACCUGUCCCCCUCCGCCGAGCCCCUCUACCAGGAUCAGUACCAGUACCCGCUGAGCCUAGUCCAGCCUCCCACCCCAGGCCAGGCUGAGGUGUCCGGCGCCGGGUACGUGAGCCUGGCCCUGCCCGACCUCCACAGCCCCUUCCUGGAGUGCGAGAUGAUGGACACAGUGGACUCUCAGCACGGCUUUGUGCUCGUCAACUGAGCCGGGAAUUCCGGGUCGUGACUCAAGAGGGACUUCGACACUCGGAGAGGUUUUUGGCUGGGUAGAAGAGUGGAGCCAAUGGGGUGGAGGAAAUGAAGAACUGAGUUUUUGUAUCGUUCACAAUGUUAACCUCAGAGAUGUUUUUUUUUUUUUUUUUUUUUUUUAAACCAAAUCUUCCCUACCUCCCUCUCUGAACCCCCACAGCCCCUUCGCUGAAGCUGUGUCGUCGUACAUCUGUCUUCAUGUGUGCGAAUUACUCUGGGUGUGUGUGUGUGAGAGAGACACUGCAUUCCACACACGAGAGGAGGGGAAAGUCUGACAGCUGAUCACAGCCUCAUUGAUCAGAACUGUCCGCUGCCAGAGCAGUGUAAGAGUUCGGUUUGGCUGUGCGCACAAGCCUGCCAGAGCCCAACUCGUUAGCAAUGAGCACAAGUUUUGUAUUUCACGGAGGAAGGCUGGGCUCUCAAACUCCUCUAUGGAUGUGACAUUUAUAAUGAUACGAGUAAUAAGCAUGUGAUGCACACACGCAGUGCAGUCACAGUGGAUUUACUGAAGCAUUACUGAAGCAAUAUUAUCACGUGGACCUGGCAGGAGCCUUAAAACAGUCUUUGGUUUCUGAAGAAACGUCUGCCGCCUUUGAUGAAACCUACGUUAUUCACAAACUGCCGAGCUGAACCUUUUCCAAGCACAGUACACGGAGUCACUUAACACUGGAUACAGAUGAGUCAGAAAGCUUGCAGUAGCAGUAUUUAAGCUUGUUUCUGGCUUUCUUGUAACAAUUAUAAUAGAAAGUUGUUGUUUUUUUUCUUGCUGUGCUAAGUGAAUCUACUUUAAAAAAAUUAAAAUGAAUUACAGCAGACUGCAAAAAAAAGCACAGCUUCUCUGGAAAAAAUAGGGUAAGAAAAAAAAAAAAAAAAAAAAAAAAAAAUGACUUGCAACGCUGGGACUGGAGGAAGACCUGGGCUGGACAUUUUUCUGAAGCACUUUUUAAGGCGGUAAAAAGGAAGAGGAAGGAUGUUUUACAGAGUGGUAGAUGGGACAUGAAGUCCAGAACUUGUAUAACCCCAAUUCUGUAGCCUCUAACUGUGGACUUCACCUCCUAGCUGCUCCUCAGUGCAAUGUCUUGUCUACAGCUGCCGAUCCCGGUCAUUUGGUUCUCAAAAGGGAACAAAACCGGGGAAUACACACACCUGUAUUCUCUCCUCAGUGUUUUUUUUUUUUUUAGGAUGAGCUAGCAAUCCCUUAAAAGUGUGAGAAUUACACAUCAGUGGGUGUUCGUUGAGCUGUUGUAUAAAAGUAGGGAUUAGAGAUAUUGUGAAGACACAAACCUUGCUCACCAGAAACAACAAAGUGAUACGUUUUGGUGUGGUAGUGCUGUGCCUUUUAUUUUAUGUUUUUGUUUUGUUAUCGAUUUUAAAUUAAAAACGAAAGUUUUUUGUUUGUUUGGUUAUUUUAUUAUUUUGGUUGCCAUUGUUUUUGGUUUCCUUUAUGGAAAUACGUAGACCCAGUUUUUUUUUUUACCAAGGUACAAAACCAAAGUCUCCCUACAGACGAGCCCUCGUGGAGCCCACUAUGUGGACUUUAGAAGGGGUUCCUAGUUAGCUUCUUGACAGUGCUGUGUUGGUCCAUCAGUAUAUUCCGUACAGAAGUAUUAUAGCAAUAUUGAUAAAUUAUUAUUAUGAUGAAGUAAGGGUAGUAAAAAUGUGUCCUUUCAUUUGUAUCACUUCGCGGUCUGUUCUUCGGAAAUACAGACGCCUACAUUUACAUUCAUGGCUGUUGACCACAGAUAAGCUAACUUGCUGUUGAGGUUUAAAUAAAGUAAAAUAAAUAAAAUAAAGUUUACCUAAAUUAA